AUCCCACUGGUCAAACCGUUAAGGACUAGUGACGUGGGCAUUACAACAGAUUUCUCUAUUGAACUUCCCAAACCCCAAAUCUGAAUUAACUCGCGAUGGAGAAGACGGAUUGGUAGUAGGAUCAUCGAUCCUGGAAAUACUCAUCAGGAUGGAGCUUCUGAGUCCAUGAUAUUGUGGCGUCGGCGACCAGCUCCAUCUGCGGCACUUCCGAUAGCUUCAAUCACAAUCUAAAGUCUAAACAUAGUUCAUCUAAUUAUACAACCGACUGAGAGACCGAGCAAUCCACACAUCAAGUUCCUGCAUUCCGUUCACGCCUUCAGUGCUGCUUGAGGAACUUGCGCAUAUUUUCUUUGGCGGUGAUUAACUAUUCUUUUCGAUCCUGGACUUGUGUUAAACGACUGAAUCGAUUCUGGAUUUUUGGAUUGGGGGGAUUUUUCCUUCUGGAUUUUCAAAUUCGAGCUCCUUCCUUCAAUUCCUGCACCCCAUUAAGAAUUUGGAUUUUGGGCGAAUCAUUCUGUUGAAUCAGUAUUAAUCAUUAUAAUAGGCUGUGGCUUUCCGGGUGGAAAGCAAAAAUGGGGAAAGUAGCGGUAGCAUUCAUUGCAAGCUUGUGGGUGAUUCCCGUAUCAGUUCUAGUCAAUCUCAUUGUCCCUGAGCCUUACAUGGAUGAGAUAUUUCAUAUACCUCAAGCUCAACAAUACUGCAAAGGCAAUUUCACAAGCUGGGAUCCAAUGAUAACCACUCCUCCUGGCUUGUACUUUGUGUCGCUUGCCCAUGUUGCUUCUCUAUUUCCAGGGCUAACCUCCAUGCAAGUGGCCUCAUCUUUUUCAGAAACUUGCACCACCCCAAUUUUGCGCCUUGUCAAUGGUGUUUUGGCUGUAAUUUGCAGCAUUCUGGUUUAUGAUCUAAUCACACUUCUUAAGCCAGGUCUCAGUGACAAGAAAGCAACUUUUCAGGCAGUUGUCUUAGCUUUGUAUCCCCUUCACUGGUUCUUCACAUUUCUUUAUUAUACUGACGUUGCGUCACUAGCUGCAGUUCUUGCCUCUUACCUCAUGAGUCUCAAGAAGAAUUAUCCCUUCAGUGCAUUGCUCAGUGCUUUGGCUGUGUUUGUGCGACAAACAAAUAUUGUGUGGAUGAUAUUCAUAGCGUGCACAGGAGUUUUAGAUUUUACUCUUGAUCGCCAGAAGGACAACAGGAAGUAUGCUGACUCUGAAGAACUCGUUCAGGAAGACACUAUGUUACCUUCUAAUCAGAUGAGAUCAAACAUGAGAAAACGUAGAACUGCUACUCAUGCUAAUACGCAGAGCCAUUCGAAUAGCCAGACGACUGCAAGUUCCUCGCACAAUGCAUCAGACUUGUUUGAUGAUUUAAGAGAUGUUGUGUCAUCAUCAUGGAAGAUGAAGUGGAAUCUUUUGGCUUCUUUUUAUCCAUUCUUUAUAACAUUGUUGGGUUUCAUCGCUUUUGUGCAUUGGAAUGGGAGUAUUGUUCUUGGUGCAAAGGAAGCACAUGCUGUUUCCCCCCAUUUUGCACAGGUUCUGUAUUUCAGCUUGGUAUCUGCCCUUUUUAUGGCACCCGUCCACUUCUCUCCAGUGAAAUUCUUACAGAUAGCUCCGUCAUUCUGGAGGAGUCAUAAUAAACUGAUUAGCCUCUUUAAAUUGUCACUGGCCUUGACUGCUGGUUUCAUAUCGGUGCAUUUUUUUAGCAUUGCUCAUCCCUAUCUCCUGGCCGAUAAUCGCCACUAUACCUUUUAUCUUUGGAGGAAGGUCGUAAAUCGCCACUGGUUGAUGAAGUACCUUCUUGUUCCGGUUUCCACGUAUCUGUGGCUUUCCAUCUUCAGUAUCUUAGAAAGGCAGAAAAGGCUAUGGGUGGUGGCAUACUUCUUAGCAACUGCAGCUACCCUUAUCCCUGCUCCACUCAUAGAGUUCAGAUACUUUACCAUUCCAUUCUUCUUUCUGAUUCUCCAUUCCCAUGUUAACGACGACAGAAGUUGGUUCGUGAUGGGACUGAUGUACGCUGCCGUUAACUGCUUUACUAUGUUCAUGUUCUUGUUUCGGCCAUUCUCUUGGACUCCCCGUGAAACUGCGGUCCAACGGUUCAUAUGGUAAGCGUUUCUUAAAACAAAUUACGGAGUGCAUUACCAAAAGAAGAUAGUAUAUGUGUUUUUUACGGAGUACUUUUUAGCUUGAAAAAACUUUUUACUGCCUUUGCCCCUUUGUUUUACUCCGAAUUAUCUACAGAUUCUGUUGAAGUAUCUAGCCAAGGGGGCAGUUAUUUUUACUAUCAAUUGUUUGCAGCUUACAUUAAAAUUGAGAACAUCUUCAAAAAUUUGAAAUGAAUAGUAACAUUAAAU